UCUCUCUCUCUCUCCCACUGGUGAGUCUCUCUCUAUCUCUCUCUAUCUGCCUCUCUUUGAAAUUGCAACACUUUCUUUCAUCUCUUUCUUAGAGCUCUCUCAGACUCUGCAUUGCGAAGUUUAGAAGGCAGAUUCAGGCUGCUUACCCAAAUUGAGUGUAAUGAUUUAUGUUGUUCUUGUCUAAGGCUUGUAAAUAUGAAGAAGGAAAAUGUGCUUCCUACUAAUGUUGGAGAUAUUAGUGGUCGAAUAACACGUUCACGUGCAGCCGCCUUGUGUGCAUCUGGCAGGAUGCCCUCUUUGAGGGCAUCUGCACAACUAGGUCAGAAGCAUAUUUCACGAGCAAAAUCAAAAAGAGCAGCCUUGGAUGAGAACAACACCAUUGCACCUGAUAAUGCAGGCAAUAAGCCUAAGAAGAGAGCAGUGCUUCAGGAUGUCACAAAUGUUUGUUGUGAGAAUUCAUAUAGGAGUUGUUUCAAUGCAACUAGAAUUCAGGCUAAGAAUGGAAAGCAGGCAAAAAAGAGUCAGCUCAAUGUGUCCAAAGUGGCUCCUUCACUUGCUGUAGAAGUCCCACAUCUUCAAGCCAAGCCAAAGAGUAAAACUGUUCAAGAAACCCUAAAAGUAGAGCCUAAAUCAGAAGUUACUUGUUCAACUACUUUUGAGAAGGAUGUGCAUUCUCAGCAAAGUGACAUAAGUGAGUUUGGCACAAGUAACCACUGGCUUCCAGAACAAUCCACAAUUCCAUCACAACCCAGCAGUUCUCUGAAGAAAGUGGAGAAACCUGGCCUUAUUGAAAGUGGGAUGAUAUCAAGUGAUCCAGACUUUACAGACAUUGAUUGUGAUCACAAGGAUCCUCAACUCUGUAGCCUCUAUGCUCCUGGCAUCUAUAACAGCUUCCGUGUUGCUGAGCUUUUCCGAAGGCCAAAUUCUACUUACAUGGAAACAGUACAGCGAGAUAUCACUCAAAGCAUGCGUGGGAUUCUGGUUGAUUGGCUUGUGGAGGUGUCUGAGGAAUAUAAGUUGGUGCCAGAUACACUUUACCUCACAGUCUAUCUCAUAGACAAGUUUCUUUCUCAAAAUUACAUUGAAAGGAACAGACUUCAACUACUUGGUAUUACCUGCAUGCUGAUUGCAUCCAAAUAUGAAGAGAUUUGUGCACCACGUGUAGAAGAAUUUUGCUUCAUUACCGACAACACAUACACAAAGGGGGAGGUGUUAAAGAUGGAGAUUCUAGUGUUGAAAUAUUUUAGCUUUCAGAUAUUUGCUCCUACGGCCAAAACGUAUCUCAGGAGAUUCCUACGUGCAGCACAGGCUUCUUACAAGAGCCCUAGUUAUGAACUGGAGUACUUGGCCGAUUAUCUAGCAGAACUGACAUUGAUUGACUACAAUUUCUUGAAUUUCCUUCCUUCGGUCAUUGCUGCAUCAGCUGUAUUCCUGGCUAGAUGGACAUUGGAUCAGACAAUCCAUCCUUGGAAUUCAACUCUAGAACACUACACUUCGUACAAGGCAUCAGAUAUUAAAACUACAGUUUUUGCAUUACAAGACCUACAAUUGAAUACCAAUGGGUGUCCUCUGAGAGCUAUAAGCAUGAAGUAUAGGCAGGAAAAGUUCAAAACUGUGGCAGCUCUGUCUUCUCCGAAACUGCUCGACACAUUAUUCUAAAGAUAAGUUCACUUGAUGUACGUUAUAAGAAGUUGCUGACAUGAUUGCUUCUCAAACCAAAGUUCCCUUCAGACCAUAAUUUCCUUCUUGAGGUUGUACCUGAUAUCUAAUCAGAACCCCUUUCCUUAUUUAUAUAAACUUUCUGAUCUUUAUUCGUUCCCACUCCUAAAACUUUGUUUAUAGGUUGUUGCAACUUUUAUCGGUUUUGGUACCUUCUGAUCUGUGGUUGUAAAGUUGUAUCUGAGAAUAGGGUUGUGAUGCCACUAAGCUAGAGUUCUGAUGUAACAACUAGUAGCAAUGUUCUUGGCACGUCAGUCACCAGAAAAUUUUUUGUUAGAUUGUAAAAAUUUCAGACACAGAAUGUAACCAGUUGAAUGUAACUGCGGCAGCAUUUGGCCCAGAAGAAGUAAUUGUGUUGUAACAUUUCUUGUCUAUUCUUGCACCAGUGGAGGUUGUUUUGCUUA